AUGUCCGUGAUCCCUACCUGCAGUGUUCUGAGAGGGACCGCCUUUCAAUAUGUGCGCUGGCAAUUGGCGUUAGCGAAGUUCCGUCCCGGUACUGGAACUUCUCGCGUAUUCAGCGCGAAAGCAAGUGGAAUCCCAGCUGCGCCUCCGCUACAGCACCUUGUACAUAGCGAUGAUAUGCGUCAAGCAUCUGAUUGGGUCUCCAAAUUUCAACGUUCCGGUAUAUUGAAAGAGCACGUUGAAAUCACCUUUUCGCGAAGUUCAGGACCAGGAGGCCAGAAUGUCAACAAAGUCAACACGAAGGCGACGUUGCGCGUGCCUCUAGACACGCCAUGGAUCCCUUUAUGGGCCCGUGAUGAACUGAAGAAAUCGCCUCACUAUGCACCCUCAUCACAAUCCAUAGUGAUGACUUCCACUGCGACACGCUCUCAAGCUCAAAAUGUCGACGACGUCCUGUCGAAGUUACACGAUCUUGUCAUGCGUACCGCCUCCGGACUCAUCGUCAACGAGCCCUCUGAAGAGCAGAAGAAGCGAGUGAAGAAUCUCGAACGCGUGGAUAAAGCGCGACGACGGCAAGAGAAGGAUCGACGCAGCGACACGAAGAAGGCCCGUUCGAAGAAGUGGGACGACUGA